GCUAGACCAGCAGCAGCAAAGUCCCACUAUGUGCUGCCAUGUACUCGGCGCUGGUGGUGUACUGCACACAUGGAGGUGGUGGUGUGCUCUGUGUACAGCAGGAGCAGCCUCCCUAUUCCCACCCCGGUGGAAGGAGGGGAAUGAGAAGGGAGGAGGAGGAGUGGAGCCCGGCCAGCGCAGGGAGGUGGGGGCGCUCUGUGGAUGCAGCGCACUCGCUGCUGGAUGCUUGCUGCAGGAUUGGCCCGGCUUGGAGACGGUUCCCCGCUGUGUGUUCGGGUGUGCUGACUGCGGGAGGGUGUCCUCUUCGGGUAACUCUUCGAUCGCUAUCCGGGACCUAUCCCCGAUCACCAUGCGGCUCUCCCGGGAGACUCCCAGCGCCCCGGCCGUGCGAAGGCAGCUCCGGAUCGGUGCCCGGUGAGGGGGGCGACAAUGAGUGGCGAGCAGGAGCCAGAGUGGUCCUGGAGUGUGUUCUAAAGAGGGAACUUGUAUAUAAUAAAGUCACCCCUACCUUCCACCACUGGAGGAUUGGAGACAAGAAGUUUGGCCUCACAUUCCAGAGUCCGGCAGAUGCUCGAGCAUUUGAUAGGGGGAUACGUCGUGCCAUUGAAGACCUCACUCAAGGCUUUCCCACGUCACAAGGAGAAGCAGAGGUCUUGGAUGAUGGGUUACAGAUGAACAAAGAAGAUCAUUGCAACACUCAAAAUAAUGACUCCUAUUUCCAUCAUGACUCCAUUCCAACGGAUGAGCUCUACCGCAGUUCUGCCAUCAGACCAUCUCCGUUUGAGAACCUUAAUCCCAGGAGAGCUUACAUGCACACCCAGGUUCCUCUGAAACCCCUCCGACAUGUCAGCUUCCAAGAUGAAGACGAAAUUGUGCGCAUCAACCCACGUGACAUCAUAAUUCGGCGCUACGCAGAUUAUCGGCAUCCUGACAUAUGGAGGAAUGACGCAGAGCGUGAGGACCAUGAGAUAAGUGCUCCUUUCACCAAGGCCGACAGUAAAAAGAGCAACUAUAUUUACUCUCCUGCUAAUGGCAGAGACUCGCUCAAAGAGCAGAACUCCUCAUCUGGAGUUUUUAAGACUCAGCCUACAUCCUCUUUAAAGAAGCGGAGGAAAGAGGAUGGUGAGCGCUCAAGGUGUGUGUACUGCCAGGAGCGGUUUAACCACGAAGAGAAUGGGAGGGGGAAAUGCCAGGAUGCUCCGGAUCCCAUUCGGCGGUGCAUCUACCAAGUCAGCUGCAUGCUUUGUGCUGAGAGCAUGCUCUACCACUGCAUGUCCGAUUCAGAGGGAGAAUUCUCUGACCCCUGUUCCUGUGACACCUCUGAUGACAACUUGUGCCUGCGCUGGCUGGCUUUAGUCACAUUAUCGAUCAUUGCCCCCUGUAUGUGCUGCUACCUCCCUCUACGAGCCUGUCACCACUGUGGGGAGGUGUGUGGUUGCUGUGGGGGAAAGCACAAAGCAGCCGGAUGACAUAGAGACAUUGUGAACCCCGGGAAGAAUUUCGUAAUUUGCCAAGUGGCUGCUGGACUCGAUGCGGGCAGCUGUAGGUGACGCUGUAUGUGGGUUACGUGCAGAGGACUGAGCUAUCUGUGUGCAGAUAGGACCAGCGAGAAUAUGUAACAGUGCCAGUCUUGCAUUAAGAGAGAUAUAUAUAUAUAUAUAUAUAUAUAUGUAUGUAUAUAUAUAUAUAUAUAUAUAUAUAUAUUAUAAUAUUAUUUUUCCCACCUUUUUGUAAUUAAUAUUAUUGUAUAUUUUAUUUGCCAUUCCUGUUUGAAUGCAAAUUAUUCAAUCACCUUGUAACAUAUGAACUACAAGAAAUCCCUCAGGAUUACACUGUUCACUGAAUGGAUCUGAUUUGAAUGUUUAUAGAUAGGGAGAAGGUGAGAAAAUUUAUAGAACAAAAUAUAUAUAUAUGUAUGUGUAUACAUUUACAUGCCCCACAUUCUUCUCACACUUAAAUAAUACAUCUGGUACUUCCAGAGAUAACUAACAUUGUGUAAAGUAUUGGACAACCUACAAAUACACAAUAUCUAAAUGAAUUUUUAGUGGAACUAAAUAAUUUCUAGUUUUAUUCAAGUGAUUUUAUGUAUAAAUAACAAAUGUCUAUAUUUAACUAAAUGUACGGUACAAGAAGAUUUUAUGACUUUUGGGAGAAAGUUUCUUACAGUCCACUCCUUACCCAGCAUCCCCUGUUUUCCUGUUGACAAUUGGGACAUUCCGGUUUAGGACUGAGUCCUGCUGCUGUGUGAAGGUGACCAUUGUGUCUCUGGCAGCUGAAUGGUUAAAAAGGAAAUAAGCUGUUUAUCAGUGUAUUGUAUUACUGAUGAUUUUACGGUUUAUCCAGCUUUUAUCUGUUUCUCCGAUCUACCUGUGUUAUGUCACAUUAUUUAUACACUCUGGUACAUAGAAUAUAACACAAGUGUCAGAUA